UCGGCUCCAGCCAGAUCAGGUGUCGGCGGCCAGCCGCUCGCCGCCCCACUAACUUGCCACUUCGGUCGCUGUUGCCUCUUAUCGCAGAGGCUCUGUGCGUUUCUGGGUUAGUGGUGGCGGUGGGGAAGGGAGGACAGCUGGGUGUCAGAGGCUCCGCUGUAGCCAAAAAAGAGGAAUCCUGCCACGGGGGCGCCUGCCUGCCACCUCGGCUCUCCUUCCCCUCCCUGCCGCUCCCCUCCCCCUCCCCACCCCUUCGCCGCCGCUUUCCCGUUCCGCCAAUUCGGAGAGCGACGACGGGCCCGCCUGUGACAUGCGAUCGCUGCCAAGUGACGGUCCCCGAGUGUGAAGUGCCCGCGAGCGAGGGAGAGCUCCAAGGCGGGCAGCCGGGGAUGACAGCCAUGAAACAGGAGCAGCAGCCCACCCCGGGGGCGAGGGCCAGCCAGACGCAGCCGACGGACCAGGAACUGGGAAGUAACAGCCCUCCACAGAGAAACUGGAAGGGAAUUGCUAUUGCUCUGCUGGUGAUUGUGGUAGUCUGCUCCCUCAUCACUAUGUCAGUCAUCCUCUUAACUCCAGAUGAGCUCACAAAUUCAUCAGAAACCAGACUAUCUUUAGAAGACCUUUUCAGGAAGGACUUUGUGACUCACAAUCCCGAAGCUCGGUGGAUCAAUGAUACAGACGUGGUGUAUAAAAACGAGACUGGACAUGUCAUUAAAUUGAAUAUAGAAACGAACGCCACCACAUUAUUAUUGGAAAACACAACCUUUGUAACAUUCAAAGCAUCCAGACAUUCAGUGUCACCUGACUUAAUGUAUGUCCUUCUGGCUUAUGAUGUCAAACAGAUUUUUCAUUAUUCCUAUACAGCCUCAUAUGUGAUUUACAAUAUACACACUAGGGAAGUGUGGGAGUUGAAUCCACCAGAGGUAGAGGACUCAGUCUUGCAGUAUGCAGCCUGGGGCGUCCAAGGACAGCAGCUGGUUUAUAUUUUUGAAAAUAAUAUCUACUACCAACCUGAUAUAAAGAGCAGUUCCUUGCGUCUGACCUCCUCAGGAAAAGAAGGAGUCAUUUUUAAUGGUAUUGCUGACUGGUUAUACGAAGAGGAAAUUCUGCAUUCCCACAUUGCCCACUGGUGGUCGCCUGAUGGAGAGAGGCUUGCCUUCUUGACAAUAAAUGACUCCUUGGUGCCUAACAUGGUUGUACCUCGGUUUACUGGAGCACUAUACCCCAAAGCAAAGCAGUAUCCAUAUCCCAAGGCAGGUCAAGUGAACCCAACAAUAAAAUUAUAUGUUGUAAACUUAUAUGGACCAGCUCACACACUGGAACUGAUGCCCCCCGACAGCUUUAAAUCAAGGGAAUACUAUAUCACCAUGGUUAAAUGGGUAAGCAACACAAGGACAGUGGUCAGAUGGUUAAAUCGGCCUCAGAACAUCUCCAUUCUCACUGUCUGUGAGUCUACUACAGGGGCUUGCUCUAGGAAAUAUGAGAUGACAUCUGACACCUGGCUCUCUAAACAGAAUGAGGAACCUGUGUUUGCUAGAGAUGGCAGCAAAUUUUUCAUGACGGUUCCUGUUAAGCAAGGUGGCCGUGGGGAGUUCCAUCACAUAGCUAUGUUCCUAGUCCAGAGUAAAAGUGAGCAGAUAACUGUGCGGCACCUGACCUCAGGAAACUGGGAGGUGAUAAAGAUCUUGGCAUACGAUGAAAGGACUCAAAAAAUUUAUUUUCUGAGCACCGAGUUUUCUCCUCGAGGGAGGCAGCUGUACAGGGAUGAAGAACCAGGAGGCCAGCUGGUGACAGAUAAGUUCCACAUGGAUUGGGAUUCUGUGCUUGUUGACACCAAUAAUGUCAUUGUAGCAAGAUUUGAUGGCAGAGGAAGUGGUUUCCAGGGCCUGAAAAUUUUGCAGGAGAUCCACAGAAGGAUAGGCUCAGUAGACUCAAAGGACCAGAUAGCAGCAGUGAAAUAUCUACUGAAACAGCCAUACAUUGACUCCAAAAGAUUAAGUAUUUUUGGAAAGGGGUAUGGAGGCUAUAUUGCUUCAAUGAUCUUAAAAUCAGAUGAAAAGCUUUUUAAAUGUGGAGCUGUAGUUGCACCCAUCAUAGACCUGAAAUUGUACGCCUCUGCUUUCUCUGAGCGAUAUCUUGGUAUGCCAUCUAAAGAAGAGAGCACUUACCAGGCAUCCAGUGUACUACAUAAUAUCCAUGGCUUAAGAGAAGAAAAUAUAUUAAUAAUUCAUGGAACUGCUGACACAAAAGUUCAUUUCCAACAUUCAGCAGAAUUAAUCAAGCAUCUAAUAAAAGCUGGAGUGAAUUAUACUAUGCAGGUCUAUCCAGAUGAAGGUUAUCACGUGUCUGAAAAGAGCAAGCAUCACCUCUACAGCACACUCCUCAGAUUCUUCAGUGACUGUUUACAAGAAGAAAUACCCGUGCUCCCACAGGAACCAGAAGAAGAUGAAUAAUGGACCCUAUUUAUACUGAACUGACAGGGAUAAGGAGGCUCAGUGAAACCGCACCAAGAGACUGUCGUAUUGUAGAUGCUCCAGGAGUUAAGGGCAGCUUGAGGAGAUGAAAAUAGAACAGCACACUCAGAUUAUGAACUCAAAUUCGAAGUGAGAAGUUCACAUCUACUGCGUGGCCAAUGGUGCAGAAUCCGUUUCGUUGAAAAAGGAAGGUCAAAGGGUUGGAUUCCUAGGGGAAAAUAAUAGUUUUACAUUAAAGUAGGAAUAGUGCAUGUUUUCUUCUGUUAUCCCGUUUCUUCUGUAACUAGUUACUCUCAUUUUAAUUUCAAUGGCUACCAUUACUUUUGCAUAAAAUGCACAAUUUAUCAUCAGUACUGCAGUGCCCACUCAUUGAUGGGUGAGCUGCCAUUUAACACUUCACUGUACCUUUACAAAUAAGUGCAAUUCUCUCAUUGUCAAUUAUUAUGCUUAAGAAAAUAUUCAGUUAAUAAAAACAGAAUAUUUUAUAUAUAUAUAUAAUUUCUGUUUUAAAAAGGCAUUAUUAAUUAAAUCAGUCAAAGGCUAUGUAGACGUAUGGGUUCCAGCACCUUCCAAAGUUCAGCCAAUUAACAGUAGAUGCAGUAUCUAUAAAUCAACACACACAAGUGUGUGACUCACGAUAAAUAUAUAUACAUAUAUAUAUAUAUAUAUAUAUACACGCACGUGUGCAUAGACUGACAGUGACUCUAUCUUUACUUGUUAUUCAUGUGACAAAAGGGUAACUGUUGAUGGGUUAGAAAGGAUGAGCUUUUUUUGGAUGUAAUGGAUGCUUUGUUUAAUGAGCCAAAUAGGAUGAAACAUUUUUUUUUUUCCAAUUCAAAUUCUAGCUCUUACUUUCCUAUAAAUGUUUGGGUUGUGUUUGGUAUUGUUUUUAGUGGUUAAUAGUUUUUCUAGUUGAUGUUUGAUUUUUUGAAUAUGAUACCUUGUCUCAUGUAAAUUAGAUACUUCAAUAUUAAAUUAUAGUUUCUGAUAAAGAAAUUUUGUUAACAAUGCAAUGCCACUGAGUGGUGUCUUGCUCUUUUGGUGGAGAAGGCUUUUUUAAAAACUUCAGUCAUUUUUACUUCCAUCUCUCAGUGAAGAAUCAAUUCUCAUUUUUUUCACAAUGGUGAAAGCAAAGACCUGAGUUAUUUCAUUGUUCAAUUUCUAUUUAGGAUUCUACUGCCUGCCCAGUUCAUCCACUAUUGUUGAAUUUAAGCCCUUCUGGUAUGAAUUAGAAAUGAAAUAUUUUUUAUUCAUUGGCCAAGACAUUCACAAAUAGCAGCACUUGUUAUCUACUUUGAAUGGAAGGCACACGACACGUUGGCUUCCAUUCUGUCCUGGCUUGCUAAGAGUGGAAAAGUGAACUUAAUUGUAUGUACAGACUUGACUUAAGUCAUGAGAAUGUUAACUGUGGUGUCUGAAAUCAGAGUGCAUUCUUACUCCACAGAAGGGAUCUUAGAGGAAAUGUUGGAGUAUCCAAAACCAAGCAUGGACAUUCAGAAAAAUACAGGCAGUCAUAUACUGUGUUUUUCAUGGCAUAGAAAAAAAUAAAUUUCUGAAGAAAGGUUGAUUAUCAUGGUCUCAGAAAUUCCAGAGGGAAAUAAGAACUGUCAAAAAGUUGUUUGUCCAAGGCCCAAGCCAGAACUCUUGGUGUACAGCUCAUUAGAACCACCAGCUGGGCCUCCCACCUUUUCCUGUAUGUUCUGGAAUUGUGUCUUCACUGCCCCAUUAGAUUCAAUUUAAAAUGUGAAAGACACUGUCUUCAGAAAGACCCAUUUUAGGUCUUCAAGGAUAGCAAACACUUUUUUUUUUUUUUUAAACAAAAUCAGUUGUUUAAAAGGAAAAGUUUUAACUAUUUUAUUAAGAUGGAGAUUUCUUUUUAGGCUGAUUUGAAGUCCAACUGAAGCUUUCUAAUCAAUAUUUUAGAAUUCAACCACUAGAGUUUUUUAUGAUGCAAAUAAUUAUGUUGUCUGAAAGAUGUGGUUUUAUUGACUAUUUGAGUAACAUUUACAAAGUGUUUACCUUUUAAUGUUCAUUAUUUCUCUUGUUUUAUUAUUAUUAUCAAUGUUUAUCUAUUUUUUAAUUAAUUUAAUACAGUUUGUAAUGUGAAUGACAUUUGUCUGGAACCCACUUUCACCUUAAAGUACAAAAUGGAUUUCAAAUGAAAACAUGCUGUUUAUCAGGAUGAUGGGAAA